UAUUACAUCGUGUUUGCUGGGCAUAUUUUAUCAUAGUCACACCGCUCGAAUCUGAGGCCGGAGAGGGCAUAGACUGAAAUCGAUUUCGCUUAAUAUCCACACUUUUUUAUCAUUAAGCUUAUAGUUGUAUGAAAAUUAUAUUAUGAAUUAAUAGUUAUAAAUUGCCCAUGGGAUCGCACGUAUUUUAAGGCCUUUUGGAGAGGGGAGAGGACUCUUUGUGCAAAACAGGUACUUAUUGCGUCUGAUUCUUAAUCCGUCGUUAUGCAAGAGCAUAAUGUAAAUUGUCGCAGCUAAUAUCACGCCUGCCACAGGCGCGCGCGUACACACGGAGUGACGGAAUUAUUGAAUUAUUAUGAAGACAGCGAUUAAUCAAGAUUUCAUCUUAAUUCUCGACACGUUUCUCUUUUUCCUCAUAUAUGCACGACUUACGUAUGACAACACGAUUCGAAGAAUCGUAAUGAUUGCAAAUUAGUACAAACUAACUAACCUGUAAUCGUCGCUGCCUUAUGCUUAUAUAUGAACGCCUGUCCACGCCUCUAGCAGACAGAUAAACUGCAAAUAAAUGUGCAUUGUGAUUCGAAGGACUGCAUAAUGUUCGAGUUACAUGAAUCGUCAAGUCGCAAUCUCAUAUUAGCUGGUCAGAGGACUAAAUUAAACGAUAAAAAGCCGAGUCUAUUAGAAAUAUGCGAUCUCGAAUUAGUGAUAAGCCACGGAGGAUGUGAGAAAAUGACGUGGGCUGUAAAUAUAAUUUGUCUACUAAAAGCGUGACCGACAUAACUUUUAAUCUAUUUGUUAUAAAAGAAUGAAAAAUAUAUAUAUACAGGGUGUCCCAAACUAAUCUCAGUUAUGUGGUGUGCAAAUAGAACGAGUGAAACUGAACAGAAAAGUUCUACAUCAUUUUGCAAGGAUCUUGGGAUAUCACUCCGAAAAUUGGCUUCGAUCUUAGGUGUGAAUAAUACCACCAUGCGAAGAAUUGCUGAGGAGGACCUGAGAUACACAUCUUACGUCAUUAAAGUGCGACAAAUGCUUUCGGAAGACGCCAAGAUCAAGAGAGUCACCCGCUGCCGCUUGUUGCUGUACUCGCUCAAGAACGAAGCAUUUGGCCGCCUCAGAUUUUUUCAGACGAGAAGAUCUUCACUGUGGAUGCCAAGGUGAAUCGUAGGAAUGAUCGUUGGUCACCCAAGACCCCGAGGACAUCCCUGUUGUAGCCAGGACAAAGUUUUCAACGAGCGUCCACGUGCUCAGCAUCGUCUCCAGAUGGUCAUGCCGCCUCAUUUCUUCGAGAAGGGUGAAACGGUCACAAAAGAGGUGUACGUACAGGUUUCAUCGACGGUAGUAAAGCCCUGGAUGGUGAAUGUAGCCUCAGAAAGGCUGUACAUAUUUCAACAAGACGGCGCACCCGUUCACACGAGGCACUUGGUUCAAAACUGGUUCUCUGACAACGUCGAUGUUUCGGUCAAAAGCGUUUUGGCCCCCAAAUAAUCCAGACCUUAAUCCAUUGGACUACUACGUUUGGAGCGUUGUUGAGAGAGUCAGUAAUAAGUCGAGACACCCUAAUAUGGCAUCUCUACGGACCACAAUUCAACAGGCAUUCGCAGACAUAGACCGAGAUCAAAUGCAGAGAGCGUGUUCUCGCUUCAGGCCAAGGAUCGAGGCAAAAGGCGGCUACAUAGAGUGAAAGUUUACAGAAAAUGUCCCAUAAAAAUAUAUGCAAGCCAUUUUUUGUAAGUUUCAUUUACUAUUUAAUAAACAACUUUUACAAUAAAAUGUAACUUUAGUCCCAAUUUCAGGGGGGCGCACCCUGUAAAAGCGCAUAGAUCGUAGAUUUACAAUAUAUAAUGAAAAACUCUACUAAAAAUUUCAUGACAAUCGUGGCUGUUGCGUCAAGAGAAAAGUUUCUCAAGAGCUGCGGUGCAGAGAUCGAAAUUACCUGGAAAAUAAUGAUGAAUAUAAAAGCGCAUAAAUCGUAGAUUUAUCAUACGAAAUCGUUCAAAGGAUUUCUCUUAUUUUAAAAAAAUGUUCAGAUCUGUCGGCCGCCUUCGCGAAAAAUUCAACGGCGAUUAUGGUUUUUGCGUCAAGAGAAGAGUGCUCUCGGGGAGUGCUGAGUAGAUUUUAAUCGUCAUUCGAAAGAAGAAAAAGUUGUAGGGCCCGACACGUUUGAAACAGAAAUGAAAACGCGAUUCAGCAUCUUUAUGAAAUUGCACCACUGGCACUGAUUGUGCGAUUGAACUUAACAGAGGGACGCUAUCAUAUGCUUGAUAUCGCCUGGACCGCAUUUUCCGGUUCGCACUAUGUCGCCAGCAUGUCGGGCUGCCGGAGAGAGCGACGCAGCGCGCGCGAACGCAUCGACUUCAUCCAUCGCGUCCCACACCGAAGCAUAUUUACCAAACGGCACGUUACGCGCACGUCAGUCACCAUAAAAAAGCGGCACGAAAGAGCUGUCCAUCUUAAUCGGGCGUCCGACUGUGGUGGAUUCGUCUGUCGAACGAGUGUGAUCCCCGAAAGUGCACGCCGUACUAGCCCGCUCUCUCGUCAUCACGGUCAUCACGUUCUCGACGUCGACGCCGCUAUUCAUCGGAAUUGUUCCGAGCGUGUUCUCUCCGAAAAGGAGGAAAAAGUGACGCGAGAGGGAAAACGUGCCGCCGUGAGGCCACCGGAAGCUUGAAAUCCGUCGGAACGAGUGCCGAGUGUUCUAGAAAGGAUUUCCGAAGGAGCGCGAGCGAGCGAGCGAACGAGGUGGAACAGCCCUCCGAGAGACGGAGACCCGAGGAAAACUCAGAGAAAAUCCAGUUUCGCCGCGAAGCACUGCAAAAUGCGCGAGUAGCGGCACUGCCAGUGAGACCUCUGCGCGCAUAAGUACAAACGCCGAAUAUGGGAGCAGGCCUACUACUCGCUGUGACAUUCACAGCGGUGGCGGCAUUGUCCGUGUCCGCGAAUAAUAUCAACGGACAAUGCCAAAUUUACAAUGGGAGCAGGAUUAAGUGCAGUUGCAUCGGAAACGAGGAGUUUUUCCUGCCGGACGAGUACAAUUACGCGAACAUCGUGAGCGUAACCGUCGCGGGAUGCGACUCGGCGGACCUCCAUUAUUCCAGCCUGACGGAAGCGACCGAUCUCGAGGAGAUGAUAGUCCAGAACAUCAGCGGCAGUCUCAACUUCGAGGUCUUCAUCACGUCGACACGUAUAAGGACGCUGAGGCUAUCGGACAUCGGCCGGAUACCGCUGAUCACGAGCGACACGUUCAUACGGCUGGCGAGCAUCGACACGCUGAUGAUCGAGAACGCGCACAUCGACCGGUUCGAGGAGGACUUCAGCGACAUCAACAUGACGCACUUCAGCAUGAGAAACGUCACGGUCGAGCGUAUGGGCCGGCUGAACCUGUCGGAGAACGGCAAGACGUUGUACAUCAUGAACACCGAGUUGCGGAACAUCGCGACGUCCUUGACCUUCAGCAACAUCGGCACCAUCGAGAUCGUCGGCUCCAAGUUCAGGCUGCAGAGGCCGGGCCUCGUAUCCGUCCUCGGCGGCACCGUCGUCGUCAAGGACAGCGUGUUCUCGAACGCGAGCAUGAACCUGAACGCGGCCGUCGCCACGAUACGCGGCGUCUGCGCCGACGGCAAAAGCGCUCUCCGGUUGUCCUCGAAGUACAUCGACAGUACCGACAACCAGCUGCCCAACGAGAUAGUCUAUCUCACGCGGGACAAUCAGCCCGCCAGGCCGGACGUCAACAGGAACAACACGGUCUGCAAAGCGGGCAACUGCAAGUGCCCGAAGAUCAGUGGACAGCAGCCGUGUUCCACCGCCUGCAUCUCGCUCCUCGUCCUCGGCUGCCUCUUGACAUCGUUUACGCUGUUCCGAGGAUUCGGAUGAACCGUUUGUUCAUGUUAAAAGAGCACUCUCAUUUGAAACUCAUUCCGCUCGGCAGGUGACUUUUAAGGAUUUCUUGGAAGAAACUGUAAGACUUUACAAUUCCGAAGUUUUGCAUAAAUAUUGAUCUGUGCUUUAACUGUAUACAGUAAUUUCUACGCAUUAUUAUCCUCAAUAUUAAUAAAGUUAGGAAUAAUUUUGUUAGCGCUGAACGUAAGAUUGGUUACCACGAUUCUAGAUGUUGUAUACAAUGAAAAAUAUUUUGUAUUUGCGUUAAAAUCGAUUCUUGUUAAAAUUUUUGGUGUUAAAUUUUAACAAAUUUCUAAAACCAAAAAUUAACAAAAUUAUUAAAUUAUAAUCUUGUGAAUAUCAUCUCUGCUAUAAUGAAAUCAAUAUCUUUAAUACUUCGAUUUUUUUAAAGAUUCCUAAAACUGAAAAACAAAACUGAUCCAAAAUCGAUUGUUCUCUCUUAAGCCAUGUUAUUUUGUAAAAAAAAAUGAAUCUGUAUUUUUCAUUGUAAUAAAAAUGAUAACUACAAAUUUAUAAUUUAAUCUUUUUUCAACGUUUUAGUUCAAAACCAUAGUGACAAACGUAGCAAUCAUGCAAACAAAACAUUCGUUCAGCGCUGCAUAAAAUUAUUUAUAACUUUAUUAAUAUUGAAAAUCAUAAUGUGUAAAAAUUAUUGUACAUAAUGAAAACAUAAAUAAACAUUUGCACAAUAUUUCCAAAUUGCAUAUCUUAUAAUGUAAAAAAAGAAAUUUCCAAAAAUCACCUACAAAACAUCGUUUCAAAUGAGAAUACCAUCUUAAGUCUGUUCUUUUUAGCUGAACUACUUGCAUUAGAACUUUGUACCUUUUCUCUUCAACACGCGUUAAAAUAAUAUAAUUGUUUCACUCUAAAAAUAAAAAAGUGCAAGCUAAUUUACCUAAAAAGAACAGAUUUAUAACAGCGUCUUCUAGUUAAAUUUCGUCAUGAUGUUAUGAACGAUAAGAGGGAAACGAUCUUAACGAUGUAAUCUACGAGAGAAUUUUAGUUGAAUAAAACUAGUUUGUAAAACAAAGCGGUCAGUUCGUCUAUCAACUCAACUGAUUGUGUAGGUUGAGAUAACUAUCUUGAAUAUCUUUGAAAAAUAUCAAUAUUUUUUCACAACCAAGUGAAAAGGAGUUUAUAUUUACAGAAGAUAUUUGAAGUGAUAAAAUUGGUAUCAAUGCCAUGUCUAUUAAAUAAAUUUCUCUUCUGCUCCCAUAUUUCGAAGAUAUUCGAAGAUAUUCAAGGUGGUAAUAUAAUAUAUAUAAUAGUUAUUGCUUUACUAUAUAUAAUAAAUAUGCGGCCAAAAAAGGUUUGUACCCAAAAUAAAGUCAUAUGUACACAUA